AAGUGCCGCCCCAGUGAAUUCGAUUCGUUACUACUAAAUAAAUGAAACAGUAUUUUUUGGGAAUUCACCUUUCUUGCAGAUUAAAAUAGAAUUGUUUACGAAACAGGAAAAGGAAGAGACAAUGGAAACCUGUAUUGGUCUUGUGUUUUACAUAGAGACGGCUGUAUUAGCGUUAUUAUUUCUGCUUGUGGUUGGUGUGCUGAUAAGUAAAUGUUUAGGAUAUCUAGAAUUUUAUCGGCCUAGAAGAAGGCGCAGGAAUUACGUAGACCUUGAAAAGUCCACUGAAAGAAGCAUCAAAGACAAUAACCAGGUGGACAAGUGGAUUCAAAACAGGUUAAAGCUGUUAGAGGAAAUUGAAGAACCCUAUGAAAAUCAGAGAAUUGAAAUUGAGUCACUCCAAGAACAGCUCAGACGGGAAAGAACCGACAAAAAGAAAGAAGUAGCUGAAAAAGAAGAUGCUUUGAAACGACUGAGUGCUAUCAUGUCAAGCCGUUUAAAAGAUGGAAAUCCUAAUAUAGCAGAUCUGAAUGAUCACAAUCGACCGACCAAAAUAGGAGAACAGUUUUCAGAACUUUAUGACAACCAAUGGACAGAUGCGUAUGGUGCUGUUCAGACUUGCUUUAAACAAGAGAAGAAGGAACCCGAAAUCAUUGGCAUACUGUUAGGAAUUUUAGAACAAUGUUUCAUGUUUUGCAAAGACAAGGCUAAUACACAGUUAGCGGACGUAAGUGACGGCGUGAAAAUACUUGCACUAGUAAUUACAAAAAAAGACACUAAGCUACAAUGUGACCUACUGCAGCGCAUUAAAGAAGAACGAAAAAUGUGUGCAGAAGAUGAACUACCAAGGUACAAUGAGAUAGCAACUAUCAUGAAGGAGUACUUCACAGCAAAAGAGACAAAAGCGGACUUUCUAGAUGACCUUACAGUUAUACAGUUUACGCAGGAAUGUUUAAAGUUAUGUUGGUUGAUGGUAAUACAAGAUCCUCCAAUGUCUAUGGUUUUGAAGCACACAGAGAAUGCACAUGAUGACUUUAAGGCUUACAAGCACAGGGGCAAACACGUUUCUUUCGUUGUAUGGCCUGCCUUGCUUCUUGAAGAAGGAGGAUCGCUCAUAUCGAAAGGAAUUGCCGAGUUCCAUGAGUAAAGACAAUAAACUUGCACAACUGACAGGACUCUUAAACACAUACUGUGUGUUUGCUUUUAGAAGUAAAAUAUGUUUGGAUUACAAUUACGUACAACUAACGAAAGAUUAUGAUGUAUGAUGGCAGCUUAAUUAAAUCUUUGAACACAGUAUGUACAGUAAUAUUUAGAAACCUGACGGAGCUUUGAUGUCUUUUGUAAAGGACUUCAUGGAAAGGAUAAGAAUCAAUGGAUUUAUUUUUAAACAAUAUUUUCUUAAUUGUUUAUCCAAAAGUUUGUGAGAAUGACAUGAAUUUCCGCACUUAAAAUACAUCCAAACAUCCAUUUG